UUGACGAUGAUAACACAUGAUCUGUGAGCCGGAAAUGCAGGAGAAGAAGGGAGAGCAGGGCAGCGGAUGGGCUCCCCGUGUUACCAGCCAGCGCCUUUGUUCCGUAUCUUUUCUCCACUUCGUAUUUUCUUGCUUUCGCUUGCGCUCCGGAAGUGUACAUAUACAUAUGGUCUGAUUUACGCAGUAGACCUAGCAUCUCGAGCGGUUUUUCUUGGCGGAUUAAGCAUCUUUUCCCCGAGACAAGAGAGAAGAGAGGGAUGGUCUUUCGGGAAAUAUAUCUCGAUUCUUUCCUUCAGGGAGGGGGGGUGGCAAGCUGGCUGGUUGACUGGUUGAAAUGGUUGAGACUUGGGGGUUUCCGCAGUGGCGGCAGCGGCGCUUACGUUUCUUUUUCCCCUUGCUUGGCCUUUUUCAGGAGGAUCUAGUGUCUGCUGCCACGGCCCUCUUUGUUUUUCCUAUGGAAGCGAAGAAAGCAGAAAAGCAGCAAACGGAGGUGCGAGGGAUUGGCAUUCUCUCGUCAUUUCACGGUGCUGGAAUGUGUGAGUGUAGUUGGGGGUCCCCGGUUGUCAAAGGUUGUCAAUAUGUCUGUAUGCACAGCACCAUGGCUGGGAGCUUCCUGGUGCAUAUGCAUGCGUAGCGUACGUAACCAUGAUUACUAAGUACCUAAAACACACUUCUUUCCCCUCUGUGUUUCCUC